CAAUAAUGGCGACAAUGUGAAAGUCAGAAGAUACUCUUCCGGAUUUUCUUUUUGCCGGAAUUCCACCGGUUUUUACCUGACUAUAUUUUUUUAGUUUAGUUUUUAAUUUUAUUUUUGGAACGAAAUGGGAAAGGAGCAAGAUUUGUUGGAUGCUGCCCGGACAGGGAACGUUGUAACGAUUCAAAAAAUAUUGUCGGCUCGACCGAAGAAUGCACUCUCGCAAGCGAUUGCUAUCGGUUUCAGACGAAGUGUGGCCCCUAAUUGCCAAGACAGCUCUGGGUAUACACCGAUGCACCAUGCAGUUCUGAAUGGGCACAGGCUUGCAGUGGAGAUUCUGCUUAAGUACGAUGCCUCCCCGGGCAUGCCAGAUGCCAAGGGCAGCACACCAUUCCACCUGGCUGCCUGGACAGGAGGGACGGAAAUCAUCCGUGUACUCAUAUCUCACGCCCGGGCGUACUGCCACAUCAACGGACAGAAUAAUGACUGGGAUACUCCCUUGCACUUCGCAGCGCAGUAUGGCCACACAGAUGUCGUCAAACUAUUGCUGGAGAAUGCGGCUGACCCUACCAUCGUCAACAAGAAAGAGGAGAUGCCCUUGGACCUGGCGGCCCAGUACGGGCGGCUGGAGACGGUCCAGCUGCUGUUAGGGAGGCAGCCCGAGCUGCUGGGCCGCAUCCCCGACCAUCGCUCCAUCCUGCACCUGGCGGCCAGGAACGGCCACCCGGAGGUCAUCAAAGCUCUGCUGGCGGCCGGCUGUGACAUCAAUAAAAAGCUCAAGACAGGUUCAGCGCUACACGAGGCCGCACUUUUUGGUAAAGUGGAGGCGGUUCGAGUCCUCCUAGAGCACAGCCCAGCGAUCAACUACCGCAUGAAGGACUCUGCCAGCGAGACAGCGCUGCAGAAAGUGGAAGGAUACCCGUCCAAAGUGGCCAUCGAAAUAGCCGCCAUGAUCAAAGCCCACAUAAGAGGCGAUCCACUACCCCCGUCCACAGCAACUCCCGGCCCACUGCGCAAAGCCAAAGAGCUCAUUGACGCUGAGCAGCAGUCGACGUAUGAUAACGUGCCUCCAGCUACGGCCCCUGACCUCCCCGCCGGUCGUCACUCCUCGUACACCCCGCCGCUGGUCAAAAAGCCUGCGCGGCCAUUCCGCCCGAUGGCGGGCGCGGGCCGCAGUGCCAACUACAUGAACGUGGACCUGCCCGCCAAGGUGCCUCCCAAGAAACCAGCUCGCUCCUCCAUCGGGAUUCUGCUGGACAAGGUGGACUUGUCCGCCUCGCCCAAGGCCGAGUCGCCGCUGGUGAACUCCACCUGUUCCAUGUAUGACCUGUCUUCUGCUCCCUUGGGCAGCAGCAGCCCAGCGUCUCAGCCAAAGAGCUCAGAUUCGGAGAAGUCACCUCCGCCCUUGCCGGACCGCAACUACUACGACGAAGACGUCGCAGGGGAGUACACCCAACUCCGCUUGGAUGCCACCAAAGCCACCGUCAGUGCCUCGCCCUCAGUGCCUAUCAAGUCCACGGGGUCCUCUUUCAAAUGCUCUGCCCCUCCUCCCACCACCGUACCGCCGGAGCCCGCCGUGCUGAUGAGAGCUAGCUCCAGGAAGAAGCGGCACAUCUACGCACCAGACCCCAUUGACGAUGACCCCGUUAUCUCUUCCAAGGAGGACGUCAACGAAGUCCGCAAGAGCCUGGUCCUCCUGGACCACCCCCCUCUCCUGGCCCAAGCCCCUGACCCCAUCCCCGGCCCCGGUCCCAUGCCCUCCUCGUCAGAGUCAGAGAGCUUCUAUGAGGAUUUGUCCGAAGCGUACAGCGGUGAGGUUGUCACCAUGCAGCAGGUGCAAAGCUCCACAGCUCCCCUGCAGCACUUGCAAAUCCCAGCACAUUGCAACAGUACAAUGGGCUCAUCCACGGGCAGCGACACAGACGCAGAUGUCUAUGAGCUUCUCUCUGACGCCACGACAGGACAGCACGAGAAUUACAACAUCCCCCCGCCCACCAGAGUUGCCCUUUCCUCGGUGGGCUCCGCCCUGGAAGACUUAUCCCCAACAAAAGGCAUAAACCCUGUCCCUCCGCCUCGCCGUUCCAAACAUCAAGCUGCUUCCCCCAGGAGCUCCACCCCGACUCUCCCCAUGCCGUCCAUCAACAAUGACCUCAACGGUAGUUUGCCCACGCUGGCCACCAGCUCCUACUAUUCGGACCUCCAGAGUUCGGAGACGGCGGACUCGGACGUGCCGUCCUCCCCCGGCAGUUGCUAUUCCCAGCCGCCCACCCCGGACCACCCACCACCCUCCCCGCACACCGCCAUGUUGGGCAUUCAGGCCAAGCUGUCCCCACAGUCCUUCCCGCGUGGUAACUUGCUCGGGGGGCAGGAGCCGUCAAAUCAAGCGUGGACUUCUCAGCGUGCAUCAGUGGAGGAGGGAUCAGCCUUCCGGCCGAUCGGGUGCAGAGACCCCGCAGACUCUUCAGAACAGGCGUCUCGCUUCCUUGAGACCCGGCAUUGCCUCGCUCCAGAGAGUUCUGUUUUUUACAGCACAGGGACUAAUUACUCCCUCGCCGAUCCGUCCAGUGGAUUUGACGACCGGAGCGAAGAGAGACAGUCCGGAAGACGGCUGAACCGACCAGAAAAACCAUCCCGUUUUGGCUUCCCACGGACGGGCAUCGGCGCUACACCCCAAACUCAUUUCACCGACGAUAGUCACCCAGGACCUGUGGAUUUGCACCAGACUGAGACCGGCAGGGGACCAGUGAACGGCAGCCACUCUCUCACUCACUCAAGCAUUGCUGACUCAGAGGGUUACCAGGCCAACGACGAGUUUCAGAGCAUCACUGAUACCAGCAGUAGCGGCGAUACCGAGUUGCUGAGACAAGACGAGGAAGAUCCCUUUGCUGGACCAGCUCACCGCAUCCAAGGUCUGAUCUACGGCUCCAACCGCGGCAGUCGCAACCUGUCCCUGGAGACCACCUCCCGCUUCUCCCUGUCCCAGCACAUGACGGACUGGUCCCUGGCCGGUUCCUCCCGCACCAGCAUGGUCGGGGAGAACGGCCCAGCGGAUGCCCCACCCGACGGAGGAGGAGGCGGGGGACACGGGGGAGGGACGGAAGACGGCGCCGGAGCCAUUGACGAGAACUCGGAAUGGGCGCAGAUUGAGAGCAUAAUGGCAUCCUUCGGUGCUGGUCUGGUCCGAGAAUCUGUCUACAUCAGAGACUUCCAGAAAGAGUUUGAAAAGAUGUUUGAAGGCCCUACAAAACCUCAAAGCGUUGGUGCAUGGCUGGAAAGCUUAGGCAUGGGACAGUACGAGAACAUGCUGAUAGCAAACGGAUUUGACAACUUGGACUUCAUGGGAGGCAACAUCCUGGAGGAGAGUGACCUGACCGAGAUGGGAAUCCUGGAGGAACUCCACCGCAAGAUCAUCUUGCAGGCCACCAGCGCACUCCCAGUCAUGAAGACAAUCACACAAGAAGGCAACAUGCCCAGCUCUGUGUCAGAGUGGCUGCGAAGCCUGCUGCUCAGCGACUGCAUACCAAAUUUCCUGUCCAACGGGAUCACGUCAAUGGAGCGCGCCAUGGAACUCUGGGAGCUGGAACUCGAAACUGUACUUGAGGUCCACCUGUUGGGACACAGGAAGAGAAUCCUAGCAUCGCUGGGUGAGAGGAGGCACAGUGUGGGCAGCAGCAGUAACAGCAGCAUACCUAGACCAGACUCGCUGGAACUCACCACAGAUGACCUGGAGUUGAAGUUGUCCUCCUUCGAGAGGCGGAAGCAGCUUUCCAGUAUCACCUCCGAGCAGUCUGCCUCCUUGGACAUUGACCUCUUCAAGGACUACUCCAAGGAGGUGACCACGCCCAACAAGCCCAAACCCUUGCCAGGCUUCUCUGCUCAGGACAGCACGCCCUUGGCUAACGCCCAAGCCUCCGCUGUCGCGGCAAUGCAGCACUCAGACAUUGAGGACUAUGACAAUAUGGCCACGUCGGACAGGAUGACAGCCAGUACGUCUUGUAGGGCAUCAGAUGCCAAGGAGGCGGAAAAUGGACCAACCUCUCCCCCUGUGCAAUGGAUGCAUCCUCCCGAGGCACUCAUCAAGGGCUGUUGCAAUUACACUGCAUCGUAUCUUGGGUCCACACUGGUGAAGGAAGCCAAAGGCACGGACUCCACACAAGAAUCCUGCACCAAGCUGAGACGGUCAGCCUCCCACCUGCACAAAGUGCCCUCCAUCACUCUCUCCAUCAGCUACUUGGGUGUCAAAUUCAUUGACUUCAAGUCCAAGAUGGUCAUCACAGAGCACGAGAUUUGUAACAUAUCAUGCGUCACCCAGGAUUCGGACGACCUGCGAACCUUCGCAUACAUCACCAAGGACAGCGAGAAUGACAAGCUGUAUUGCCACGUCUUCAGCGUGAAGGCAGAGGACAUUGCUGCAGAAAUAAUCAUGACCUUGGGUCAGGCGUUUGAGAUAGCUUAUCAGAUGCUCCUGAAGUCGAGACCGGGCUCCACUGAACACACCAGACUGUUGUCAAAUACCUCCGAAAACGACCACGAAACCAGAUUAUGAGGACUCACCUCAACAGAAGCCUAUUCUCCCAGUACAUUGUUAAAACUUAUUUGCGCUUACCCCUUUGCAAAAUUGGUGUCAGUGUCCGGGUUAUUCCCAGAGCGGUCAAGGCAGACAGACUACAACCUGUGAAAUUUCACCACCUCGGCCAAAGUAUAGCCCACGUUGUGUGAAUCUAAUGUGGGAGGGACUGCCUGAAUCUUUAAAGUUUCCAAGAAAUGUUCUCCACAUCAGGAAGUCUCAACAUAAAAUUCUGCAAACAAUUUUGGCGGUGUUCUGUAAUGCUUUUCUCCGUCUCCACAUGAGCAAGAAUCAACCCAGAACCAUGCCCGAUAAUGUUGUGGCUGUCGAGAUACAUGUAUGUGUUUAUUUGUGACCCAUUCCCACAGAAACAGGACAAAGUAGCUCAGAACAAAAUGUGUGUAAAUAAAGCUUUAAAGGGUAGCUGCAAUCAAUUUGUUUUAAUACAAACCUUUUAAGUGCACCUUUGUGUCUCAGUUAACCU